AGUAAUAAUGAAGCUAAGCUAAGGUAGCUGGUUUACCAGUUUCCCGAGUAACCACUACUCCCUAUCUAUCUCUUUAGUGGAUAGGAUAGAAGCAGCAACAGCAGAAGCAGAAGAGCGAGUUACUGACUCAGCGAAACUCGGAUAAACCACAACAAUGUGUUCACUCACAACACCAGCCUCAACCUCCCUCUCCUUCUUCUCUUCCUCUAUCUUCUUCAACAAUACCAAAAUCCCCAAACUACCCUCAUCAUCAAAACCCUUCUCUCACUCUCUCUCCGUCGCGUGCAAAGCCGCAACCCUACCGCUUCUCUCAUUUUCCGGCGACAAAAUCGGCGAAGCGCAACUCGACCUCCGCGCCGCCCCACCCGACACCGCACGCGCCGUCGUCCACCGCGCAAUCAUCACCGACCUCCAAAACAAGCGCCGUGGCACCGCCUCAACCCUAACGCGGGCCGAGGUUCGCGGCGGAGGGAGAAAACCCUAUCCGCAGAAGAAGACCGGCCGGGCCCGCAGGGGGUCCAACAGGACACCGCUCAGACCCGGCGGAGGUGUCAUUUUCGGGCCCAAGCCCAGGGACUGGAGCAUCAAAAUAAACAGGAAGGAGAAGAGGCUUGCGAUUUCCACCGCGAUGGCGAGCGCGGCGGUGAACACGUUCGUGGUCGAGGACUUCGCGGAGGAGUUUCAGGGGAAGCCGAAGACGAAGGAGUUCAUUGCGGCGAUGAAGCGGUGGGGACUGGACCCUAAGGAAAAGGCCAUGUUCUUGAUGAUGGAGGUGCCGGAGAACGUUGUGCUUUCGAGCCGGAACAUUGGGACGGUGAAGGUUUUGACGCCGAGGACGCUGAAUUUGUUUGAUAUUUUGAAUGCUGAUAAGCUUGUGCUUACACCUGCUGCUGUGGAUUACUUGAAUAAGAGGUAUGGGGUUGAUUACCAGGGCGGUGAUGAUGAAGAUGAAGAAGAAGAAGAAGAAGAAGAAGAAGAAGAAGAAGAAGAAGAAGAAGAAGAAGAGAAGAAGAAGAAGAAGAAGAAGAAGAAGAAGAAGAUUAUGAAGAUGAAGGAGUAGCAGAAGAAGGACCUGAAACAAACAAGGAGGAUAGUUCUGAUGUGGUAAACUGAGAGGUCUUUGCCGUAUCUUAUAGAGGAAAAAAUGUCCAUACAGUGGAAGGAAGGCCUGAGUUCUUGUUUUUACCAAUUUAAUUUAUGUUUCUUUUUCUUAGGAUUCUAAUCCUAAUAGUGUUUAAAGAUCUGUGCCUUUACCCACAUGUUGUAAUUCAUUGAAUAAUAAUUUUUUGCUGAGUAAAGUAACACUUAGAUUUCUAAA